AUGAAUCACCAUAAAGCGAAGAUUUGUGUGGCACGUGGUCUGGCAGCUGCAAACGUUGGUCGCUCCAACAACCCCAGGCCCGAUUCGGACAUUUCAAAUCCAGCGGGCUUCGCUGAUAACGGCGUGUACCACCAAAUCGAGCUAACGUCACAACUGAUCACACGAUGUCCCCGAAUCGCACCGUCGACCAUCGGUCCUCAGGCAUGUCCUCCGGCCCUUCCAGGAGCACCAGCGUUUCCGGGUCCUCCAGCGUUUCCUGGAGCUCCAAUUGCUCCAGCAGGUCCUGGAGGUCCAGGAGUUCCCGUUCCAGUAGUUCCGUCUCUUCCGGGCUCUCCGGGCUGUCCAUCAGAUCCAGGGUUUCCUGGUGCUCCAGCAUCUCCGGGAGGUCCCGCUGGUCCUGGACCGCCAUCGUUUCCAGGGCCUCCAGCUCGUCCUGGAUUUCCGUUCGGUCCCCUGUCUCCUGGAGCUCCACUUGGUCCGGGAGGUCCUGGAGGUCCAGCUGGGCACUGGACGCAAGUGCAGCGAAUCAAGCGCGUGCUUUGCGUGCACGUGCAGAAGCAGCAUAGCGAGGUGGGCACGGGCAGUAAGCGGCAUCUCCUCCCGGACCUGCAGGGUUUCCACGUCUUCCGGGUUGACCGUCCUCCGGCCCUUCCAGGAGCACCAGCGUUUCCGGGUCCUCCAGCGUUUCCUGGAGCUCCAACACCUCCAGCAGGUCCUGGAGGUCCAGGAGUUCCCGAUCCAGUGGUUCCGUCUCUUCCGGGCUGUCCGGGCUGUCCAUCUGAUCCAGGGUUUCCUGGUGCUCCAGCAUCUCCGGGAGGUCCCGCUGGUCCUGGACCGCCAUCGUUUCCAGGGCCUCCAGCUCGUCCUGGAUUUCCGUUCGGUCCCCUGUCUCCUGGAGCUCCACUUGGUCCGGGAGGUCCUGGAGGUCCAGGAGUUCCCGAUCCAGUGGUUCCGUCUCUUCCGGGCUGUCCGGGCUGUCCAUCUGAUCCAGGGUUUCCUGGUGCUCCAGCAUCUCCGGGAGGUCCCGCUGGUCCUGGACCGCCAUCGUUUCCAGGGCCUCCAGCUCGUCCUGGAUUUCCGUUCGGUCCCCUGUCUCCUGGAGCUCCACUUGGUCCGGGAGGUCCUGGAGGUCCAGCCGGGCAUUGUACGCAAGUGUUGUCACGACCAGGGCAGUUGAUUGGAGCGUAUGUUGUAGUGGCGUCGCUACCAGGCUGA